UGUGUCAAAGAGGUCCUGCAGUAAUCUCAUUAGCAAUGCUGUUACGUAACGUCUGAUCCUACGCUGUAAAUUCAGAGAUCAGCCUCAUUAAGAUCACUGACGAUCACGUCUCUAAGAUCUUCUGACCUCCUGUAUGAUUCUAUCCCACCAGAUCAAACGUGAGAAUAUCUCCCACCAGUGCUUCAAAAGAAUCAGUGGUGCACAUAUUUGCCGGUUAUUUGCCCUCUUUUGGCUGCAGUUCUUGGCUUUUGUUCAUCACAGGCAUCGUCUAGGACAACAGAGAGGAUUAAGGUAACUCUAAAUAAAGCUGGCAGAUUAGGAAACAUGAUACCCGCAUGUUCUGUUUCACUCUGACAGAGUCAUGGAUGAGAGCUGAAGACUUCCCUGGAGACAGGAAGACUAUCCAAGAGAAACCACAUCAAUGAUUUUUAUUCAUGCAGUUACAGAAUAGGAGAGUUCAAAUGAAUGCCUGCAUGAUGGUCAUACAUGACCUUAACAAAAACCUAAUGUAACUUUUAUUUUUUCUGUAAAAGAAGCUAAAUAUUAUCGUACAGACUUAGAUAUGACAAAAAAUAUGAACAUGUGGACAUAUUCUUUGACUUCUAAUCCUAUAAAAAAGAAAAGCAGCCAUGCAUUGGUCUACUACAAGAGCACAACGCCUUAAGCAGCUGCAAAAUGCCUGCAAGGGCAAGUCAGGUGAUGCCGCAGGUGCACCGGUACAACAUUUACACUCUGACGGACAGCUCAGAAUGUAUGUCAGAGACGGAAGAGGACACACAGCCUUCCAAGCGUCUGACACCGCUGGAAAAGUUGACGCUGGACAUGUGCAAUGACGAAAAUGUCAUAAAGGAACUGACGGUGGGCAGAAGGGUGGGCUUCUACAAAGUACGCGGUCAGAUCGGCUGUGGGAACUUUUCGAAGGUCAAACUGGCCGUCCACGCCCUCACCAAAGACAAGAUUGCCAUUAAGAUCAUGGAUAAGAUGAGGCUCGAUCUGCAGACCCAGAGGAUGCUGUCUAGAGAGAUCUCUAACAUGGAGAGCUUGUAUCACCCAAACUUACUGCAGCUCUAUGAGGUACUUGAGACACCAAGUCGGUUGUAUCUGGUUUUGGAGUUCGCUGGAGGAGGAGAUCUCCACACCAAAAUCAGCUCAGGAGGAAAACUCUCUGACCAAGAAAGCAAGAUUGUAUUUGCCCAAAUCCUGUCGGCAGUCAAAUACAUGCAUGAGAAUGACAUCAUCCAUCGAGAUUUGAAGGCGGAAAAUGUUCUUUAUACAACCAACUCCUGCAUAAAAGUGGCUGAUUUUGGCUUCAGCAAGAGGGUCAACAAUCGCAACCAAGCCUUAGACACCUUUUGCGGUUCUCCUCCAUAUGCAGCUCCAGAACUCUUCAAAGAUGAGUCUUACAUUGGGCCACCUGUGGAUGUGUGGGCAAUGGGCGUCCUGCUUUUUUUCAUGGUGACUGGCACAUUGCCUUUCCGUGCUGACACUGUGGCCAAAUUGCGCCAAACCGUGCUGGAGGGUGCCUACGUCCUGCCAACCUGGGUAUCAGCUCCAUGUCAGCGGCUGAUCAAAGGGAUCUUGAAGCCAGAACCUUUGGAGCGAUGCGCACUGGACCAGAUGCUGGGCUGCGAGUGGCUGCUGCCAGUGGAACUCUUCCGGCCUAUUCCUCCCUUAUACCAGCUCGACCCCAUUCAUCUAAUAGAGGCUGGCCCAGGGGAGUUAGACAGAGAGCAGGAGGAGGUCAAAGAUAUCCUGGAGAAACUGGGAGUGACUCAGGAACAUAUUCUCAAUAACCAAGGAAAGCGCAUUCGCAGUCCCAUUACAGGGGUUUACCGCAUACUACUGCACAGAGUUAAAAGAAACAAUGGAGCCGAAUCUGCACCUAUAAUCAGUGGAGUCGUCAAGGAUCCUAAAAGAGACAGUCUCCGUGCCUACAGGAAUCUAAGGCACUCCUCAAAACUCUGUGUGGUUUCUUAAAGGCAUAGUUCAUCCCUUUUAUUCAGUCUUUUUGACCAUCAAUGGGGUCAAUGGGGUCCAAAACUAUUGCCUUUUUUUUAAUGUUGGAAAUAAGUGAUUUCAACUUGUAACACAAACAAUUUAAUAGACCAGAUCAGUGAGAAACUAUAUGCAAAUUCUUAUUAACUUCAACAGUACUUCUAAAAUAGUUUCCUUUUAUUAACACUUUACCAGUCAAAAGUUUUUGAACAGUAAGAUUUGUGAUGUUUUUGUUUUAAAAGUCUCUUCUGCUCACCAAGCCUGCAUUUAUUUGAUCCAAUGUACAGCAAAAACAGUCAAAUUCUGAAAUAUUUUUACUAUUUAAAAAAUUAGUUUUCUAUUUGAAUAUAUUUUAAAAUGUAAUUUAUUCCUGUGAUUUCAAAGCUGAUUUUUUAGCAUCAUUACUCCAGUCACAUGAUCCUUCUGAAAUCAUUCUAAUUUUCUGACUUGCUGCUCAAAAAACAUUUAUUAUUAUUAUUUUGUUGAAAACAACUGAGUAGAAUUCAGAAUUCAGGUUUCUUUGAUGAACAGAAAGUUCAAUAUAACAGCAUUUAUCGAAUUACUAGAAAUGAAAAUACUAUGUUUAUCAUCACUUUUGAUCAAUUUAAACCAUCCUUGCCAAAUAAAAGUAUUAAUUUCCAGAAUUUCUUUCCAAGAAAUCAAAAAUAAAUCAAAAAUAAAAUAAAAUAAAUAUGCUGACUGCAAGCUUUUGAAUGAUAAAGUGUUUAAUGUUAUAAAAGCUUUUUAUUUCAGAUCUUUCUAUUCAUCAAAGAAUCCUGAAAAAAAUUACUCAACUCUUUUAAAUAAUAAAAAUGUUUCUUGAACAGCAAAUCAGCAUAUUAGAGUGAUUUCUGAAGGAUCAUGUGACAGUGAAGACUGGAAUAAUGAUGCUGAAAAUGUAGCUUUGAU